GCCCACGCCAUGUCUACUCAGGAGGCCCAUGACAUGAUCUUCUUCAUCUCCCUCUCCACUCCGAUUUCUCUCCUGUUGUUUUGACCUCCACCUCUCCUCAGUCAUUGCCUUAUUUAGCAAAAACUGAAACCCUCCAUCAGUGUUUCAUCAGAGUUUCUUCUCUCUCUGGGUGAUUCUAAGAGAGAGAGAGGGAGAGAGAGAUCAUGUCGAGCGAAAGGGGGAAGGACAUCGUCGAAGGAUCGUCUAGAUCUCCCGGUGGCGAUUCUCCGGCGACGCCGAGCCGGUACGAGUCGCAGAAAAGAAGAGAUUGGAAUGCCUUCAUUCAGUACCUGAAGAACCAAAGGCCCCCAGUUCCACUCUCACAGUGCAACUACACUCAAGUUCUCGAAUUCCUCCGCUAUCUAGAUCAGUUCGGCAAGACUAAAGUUCACAUCCAAGGAUGCAUGUUCUACGGGCAGCCAGAGCCGCCGGCUCCGUGCACGUGCCCGCUCAGGCAAGCCUGGGGAAGCCUUGAUGCACUCAUCGGGAGGCUCCGAGCUGCCUACGAAGAAAACGGAGGGACCCCGGAAACAAACCCCUUCGCUAGCGGCGCCAUCCGAGUCUAUCUCCGAGAAGUGAGGGAUUCCCAAGCCAAGGCAAGGGGGAUUCCAUAUAAGAAGAAGAAGAAAGCGACCAAUCAAACCAAGGGGAGUGAGGAGUCGAGCUCCGGCGCCGCGAGCUUCUCUUGAUAAGUGUUGUUAAAAUUUCAGGACGUCCUGUGGAAUCGAUUCAUCAAGUGGAAGGAAGGAAUGAAAAACUUGCCAAUGUCCCUAAUGGAGUCACAGUAUUCAAUUUUAGGUACUGCCAUUUCUAUUGCUAGCUGCUAGUACGAACUAAGAUCAACAGACCAAGAUGAUGCUGAAGGCUUGCUGCUAUAUUUGGAAUGCCCUCUUUUUUUUUCAGCUUGGGGAAAAUGUUUUACCCAUAUGUUCAAAAGCGAAAUGCAUGUUUUGCUUAUAACUUGUGAUAUGGGUGGUCGAAUCUUGCUUUCUCCCAGUAGUGAAAGUUAAGAAGUUAUGUGAGUAUAUAUUGGUUCAAGGUUUCA